AUGGACUCGGAAAGCGAGUCAGAGGCGCCGAAAAUGCCAUUUUUCAAAAAAUUGGUUUCGAGGGUAGACAUUGAUGUGUCUACUGUUUUCAUGAUGCUCAAAGGAGCAAUUGCCCCCACCCUUGGAUUGGCUGCAUACCAGAGUGAUCGCUUCGCCGCCGAGUAUACCACUCAAGGAUAUCUGAUAUCAAUCAUCGCAAUGCUUUCCCUGCCAAUUCUACCACGAGCAAAAUUUGUCCAAAACAUCACUGUCACUGUAUUGAGUACAUGCUUUGCAGCUGCCAUUUCAUUGUUGCAGAUCCAAUGUGCUGUCGCGGCUCGCCAUUCCUCAGGACACCCAGUUUCAUCCUCUACAGGGUCUUCAGGAAGUCGUGAAGCUCAUGGAUAUAACGCCGCCGCCCAUGCUACAGCAGGAGUUUGGCUGUUCUUUCAUUUAUACCUCUCCAACACCAUCCGGGCGUAUAGGCCACAGCUGCUCCUCAUGACAAUACAGUAUUGCGUUUUCACCCUGAUUGUCUCCACAUACGCACCUACCUUCCCAACCAUGGGAGCUGGAAUGAAUUUUAUCCAGAGAUUAUUAAAGGUGUUUCUGACUGGGCAAGCCCUCGCUACAGGAGUAGCGCUGUUCAUUCUUCCAAUUUCAUCAAGAAUGCUAUCUUCUAAACAGAUGGUUGGAGUACUCAAGCUGCUGGAAAAAUCAUUAUCAAUCCAUUCAGCCUAUCUGCACGGGAUCACCACUCAUCGCGCCCACGACACAGAUACGUUCGAUGAUAACGGAUUUGCAAAAACUACAGCGAACAAUCCCCAGGGAUUGGCGUCAAUUGAGAAAGCAGAGCAGGACGCAAAAAAUCUAAAAUUGUCUCUACAACAAGCAUCCCAGUUGUUUGCGCAACUCAAGAUUGAGAUCAGUUUCGCAAAGAAGGAAAUUGGAUGGGGUAAACUACUACCAGAAGAUUUCACACACAUCUUCACUCAUAUACGACAGAUCUUGCUUCCAGUUGCAGGGCUGUCGACUUUUGUGGAUAUCAUGCAGUCAGUGAAACGUGAAAAGUCGGAAGCUGAAAACCUUAUAAAUGACACGAAUACUAUUGAAGCCAUUCGACGACUUGAAGCAGAAGAAUGGCGAGAAUUGAUUGUAGAAUCUCGUGGCCCUUUUCAGGAAGUCAAAGCAGCCCUUGUUGGUGGUCUAACUCACAUCACAUACGUCCUUGAGUUGGCUCCUCGGCCGAAAGUUACCGUCAAAGACAUCGAAAACGGUGCACAAAAUCCACCAUCUCCAGGGGAUCCUGCCUUUGCCGCUUACCUGAAGGCAAGAGUUGAUGCAUUUCGAGAGCACCGAGAAGGCACCGUACAAAGAUGGUGCGAAAAGAAAGGGAUCGAUGUCCCUGCCAAAUUCUGGGAAGAACCGUCCGCUCAUCUCAGGUUUCAAGAAUCAGUCACCUUUCAAGAAGUCGUUCGCCAGAAGCAAAACCAUCAGCAGUUGUAUCUGGCGCUCUAUCUCGAAUCUCUCCUAAAUUCUGUUGGGAAAGGAAUACUUGACAUGGUUCUUUUUGCAGAUUCAAAGGUUCAAGAUGGAACUAUGGCCAAAAACAGAUUCAUCUUCCCUGGCUGGAGACGAAUUCAUAAGCUGCUCCAGAACUCCUUCAAAAGCAUCGACGCAGGGGAGACUCUUCCACACAGUAACGCGUCAGAGAUCUUUGUACGGGUGGGUGAUGCAUUGUCCGGGUCAAAGGACCCAGAACAUCUUCCUCCGGUCGGAUGGUAUCAGCGGACGACCAACUAUCUCCGGAUCAUCCCUGAAUUCCUAGGAUCAGCAGAGUCUGCAUUUGGGUUCCGAGUGGCAGUGGCAGGCAUGUCUCUUAGUGUUCUCGCAUACCUUCGUCAGACCUCAGAGUUCUUCAAGGAACAACGUGGGUUAUGGGCACUCAUCAUGAUAGCCAUCUCGAUGUCACCGCAUGCUGGAGCAGGCUUGCAAGGCCUACUCGUCAGGAGUCUUGGAACAUUUAUUGCGACAGUGGCGUCGAUUGCAAUUUGGUACAUGGGAGACCAGAAACCUGCAGCCAUUCUUCCUCUUUGCUACAUCUACUUCGCCGUCUGCCUCUAUUUUGUUUUCAGGCGACCAAAACACUUGAUCACGGCAGUCAUCUCUAUCGUGACUGUAAUCCUCAUCAUCGGCUAUGAGUUGCAAGACAAGAAGCUGGGGACCCAUCUGCUCGAAACCAAUGGGCAGAAAUACUACCACAUCUAUCUACUCGCACCAUAUCGACUCGUGACAGUCCUUGCAGGUCUCGCUGUAGCAUUCAUUUGGACAUACUUCCCGUACCCAAUCACAACGCACUCUACACUUCGAAAGGAUCUGGGUGAUACCCUCUUCCUUAUGGCGAGGUAUUACUCUAGCACCCACGCUACAGUCGAACACAAACUUCGACAUGGCGCCUAUAACUCUCUGCAAGACAAAUCCAGCCCGAUCCGCAAACUCGAUAGCGAGCGAACGAAGCUUUUCGGGAAAAUGCUUGUCAUGAUGAACCGCCUACGCGAACACUCCAUGUUCACACGCUACGAACCAACCUUUGGUGGCCGAUUCCCGCGCGAAACCUACGACGAACUAAUCAUUCAUCUGCAGAGCCUGUUCAACUACAUGGUACUGAUCAACUACUCGUCGCAAGCAUUCUCUCCCGACCUAUCUACAAACAACGGCUCGACAGAAGAAUCUCAAUGGGUACGCGACUUCCGGGCGGUGACAGCGUCCUCACGCAUCACGUCCCACGAACUCACGUCGACGCUGGUCCUCGUGUCCGCGAGCGUCUCGAAUGCGCAGCCCUUACCACCGCACAUCCGGGUCCCUCGCCCCGUCGACCUCGCGGACCAGCUCGGCGCCAUCGACCCCGGCAUUCUGAGUGUCAAACAUAUCCGAGAGCCGUGCUAUGCCGCGUUCGCGGUACUCGAGGUCGCGAGUAUUCUCAUCAUGCUCGAGAUGCAGCAGGUACUGCGCAAGGUUAAGGAGUUGGUUGGGGAGGUGGAUUUCUCAGUUCAUUUCCUUUGUGAUGAGUUGACAACGCAUGGUUCGGAUACGAGUCGGUCAAGUCUUUUGGACAUCAACUUGAAGGCGACAAGCAGUGAAGGGGGAGCACUAGGAGCGAGUGACGAGAAGGGAAAGGCUGAUUGA